GGGAGAGAGGGAGAGGGAGGGAGGGCAUGGCUGCUCCUGGAGCUCCGACAGGAAACUUUCCUCAUGUGGCUCCCUCCACUCUUCAGCAGGAGCAGCAGCAGACUGACUCCAUCUCUUCAGUUCACCCUCUGAAAUGCACUUGACUGGUCAGUGCGACGUUAACGGGACGUUUCUCCUAACAGGCAUGGCUAACCAUCCUCAUUCAACGGCACCACUUCACUGAGGAUAACUGAGUGGACCCGGGAGACUUUUCUUCGAUAUACUUUGGGACUAAAUGACAUUUAUUUGACUUGAAUACUCGCUGGAGCGGAGGAUGGAGACGGUGUUUUACCUGUUAGCCUUCAUGUUGGCCCGGGUUUGCUGGGGUCUGGGGUAUUCGGAGUCCAGUAUCCAGGCGGGACAGAGAGCAGCCAGCAGGCACAGGAACUGGUGUGCCUAUGUGGUGACACGCACUGUUAGCUGUGUGAUGGAGGAUGGAGUGGAGACAUACAUCAAACCAGACUACCAACGCUGUACCUGGGGCCAGUGUCCGAGAGUUGCGUAUCGCACGUACAGAAGGCCCAGGUAUAAGGUCGCCUACAAAAUGGUGACAGAAAUGGAGUGGAAAUGUUGCCAUGGUUAUUCUGGAGAAGACUGCCAAGAUGGGCCAAGAGGAUCCACAGACCACGGAGGUCGACCUCGUGUCACAACAACUGGGUAUAACAAUGGCGGCGGACAGAGUGGAGAAGGUGACUCAGAGAAGAUCAGACAGCUUGAGGACACAAUCCGUGGCCUGACCAAAGACCUCCACAACAUGCAGACCACCAUUCAUGGCAUAAAUCAGAGGCUACCUGGACUGAAUGGGGCCAUUGUCCCUGCUGAUUCAGCUCAGCCACACAUGAAGGAAACCAUCAACAGCAUCCAGACUAAGCUGGACCAGCUCUACAACAGGACACAACUCCAUGACCAGACCCUGCUUACCAUCAACAACCACCUUGUGAAUGGAGUGGGAAAUGAGCUGGACGGAGCGGCCAGAGGAGGGGGAAACCAGCUGAAUACUCUGAAGGAAGAGAUACUGACGGAGCUGGAGAGAAGGGUGUCUUUGUCCUGCUCCUCCUGCCAGGCGGGUGUGGAGGACCUGAGGCGCCAGCAGCAAGAGGACCGGGAGCGUAUCCAAGCCCUGGAGAAGCUGGUUGGCUCACUGGACCAGCACCUGAGACAAAGUCUGGACAUCUCCCGCAGAGAGACAGAACGCUCUCAGGCCUGUUGUAACACCGUCACUGAGCUAGAGAAGAGGAUGUCUGACGUAGAAGUCCGUGUCACAACCACAGCAAGUAAAUGUGACACCAUUAAAGGACGCCUGGAUAAAGAGCUAGCUGGGACAGGUGGAGGAAAGGGAAGAGUGACGGAGGACAGGCUGAAUGGCAGACUGAGAGAACUGGAAAAGAGAUUGAAUAGUACUGUGAGAAAAGCAGAGCAGAGGUGUACUAACACUGGGAAUAACGUGAAGGACAGUGUCCAGAGAGACGUCACGCAGCUCCGUAACAUGGUCGUCAGCAGGCUGGACGACCACAGCUUCAAGAUUGGUAAGCUAGAGCUGGACGUGGCUGUUCUUGGAGACACAGUCACUGAUCACAGCAGGAGGUUAGGUCAGCUAGAAAACAUUACAACCUUCCUGGACAGAAGGCUAACAUCAACCACAAAUAUGUGCAAUGAGACGUGUGGACCUAACGGAAAAGGCAAAAAGACUGAUGAAACUGUGAAAACCUUACAGUGGAGAGUUGUAGCCAAUGAAGAGGAGAUUCAAAAGUUUAACACAAGAUUAAAAGAUUUGUCCGUUACCGGAGACUCACUGCUUGACAGAGUGAUCGACUUAUCAAAUGAUGUUAAAAAGAUAAAGGAUCUAACAGGAGAAGAUGGUGAGAAUUUCAACAGGAUCGUCACAGAUGUCGAAACAUUGGGCCGUGAUUUAGAGGACUGUUACAUCUGCAGCAGUAUAGAAGACGAGUUACGUUUACUCACCAACUCCACCAACACCCGCCUUAACAAAUGCCAGACAGAACUAACAGAUCUGCGGAGAAAGGUGGACUCAGGAGAAUCUGUUUGCUCUCAAGUAUGCUCCAACCUUCAGGAGGAGGUAGGACGACUCAGAGAGGAGGUGGAGGAAUGUACCGGGCAGUGUAAAAUCAACAUAGAUGAUCUGAAGAAUCGUCUAGAUGGUCAUGGCGUCCAUACUGGGAGGUUAGGAGGGGACCUGAAGUCCAUCCAAGGAGAGCUGGCUGGGUUUUUCAUUAAAUUUAACUCCAUCAACGAUACCAUAAAGGGCCUGGGGAGGACUGUACAGAGGCAUGGAAACACAAUAACUGACUUGACCAACACUAAGGACAACAUCCUCUCUGAGGUGGACAAUUUGCAGAAAGAGCUGACCGACCAUGUGGAUGACUCCAAGACAAGGUUUGGCAACCUGGGCAAAGAGAUCCGAGAAAUAAGGAGCAACUUUGUGACAGAGAUUGGAGAGUGCCGGCGCUCCAGUGACGGCCUGGACCAAAGACUCACCAAGCUGGAGGGAGUGUGUGACCGCUUUGACUCUUUCUCAGACAGCCUGGUGAAGAUCAGGGAGGGCCUGAACAGACACGUGUCUGGGCUGUGGAACUGUGUUAAUGGACUCAAUGUCACGGUGACGUCUCACGGAGAUAUUAUUGAUGAUAUCCAGAACAUCCAGCUGGAGAAAGUCCACUCAGACAUACACAGACUGAACUCUUCACUAUUGGACUUAGCUGAGGAGUUCCACGAUUUCGUUCAGCAGGACUUCAUGGGUCCACCUGGUCCUGCGGGACCCCGUGGAGAGAGAGGAGAACGUGGGCCCCAAGGAGUUGUAGGUCCUCAAGGGAGAGUGGGACCUCCUGGCAGAGAGGGGAAGCAGGGGAUCGUUGGUCCUCCAGGUCUCAGGGGGGAGCAAGGUCCUGCAGGGUCUGAUGCCCACGUGCCGCGCCUUUCUUUCUCUGCUGCACUGACUCGUCCCAUGAGAAGCGCAGGGACGAUAGUGUUCAACAACGUCUUUGUCAAUGAAAAUAAUGUCUACAAUCCGAAAACAGGUUAUUUCACAGCUCCAGUGAGUGGAAAGUACUUUUUCAGUGGCAUCCUUACAGGCCAUAAAAACAUGAAGAUAGAGGCAGUGCUGUCCAAGUCCAACACAGGUGUGGCCAGAGUAGACUCAGCUGGAUAUCAGCCCGAAGGUCUGGAGAAACCCAUGGCAGAGACGAAGCACAUCCCCGGAGCUGUGGCAGUCUUCAACAUCAUACUGCCCAUGGAGGCAGGAGACACCGUCUGCAUCGACCUCGUCACGGGCAAACUGGCCUACUCCUCCGAACCGUUGACCGUCUUCAGCGGGAUGCUGCUGUAUAAGACGGUCUGAUUUGAACAAGUGUUAUGAUCAGUCUCUCUCAAUGAAACUUUGGCACAGAGCGUCGCAUUUGUCUGCUGAACUGUUUGAGACAGAUCACACUGGCUGGAAAGUCAAAGAGACUGAAAUUACUGGACCAGAUUCAUGCAGUGUGGAGAGAUGUGUUUUGUAUUCUACUUUAUGUGCUGAUAAGAAAGGGAAAAAAGUUCCUUUUCAUCUACAAUCGUUUGUGUGACACACAGCUUUAAAGAGAGCAGUUUCUACAAAAAGCCAUUCUCUUUUUCAUGUUUUGCUCAGAGAAAGCCUCUGCAGGGUAAUCUUAUUAUUAUUCUAUAUAUCACGCUGUGCCAUAGACUUGAACUCUUGACUGAUUACACCAGAUUGCCUUCAGCUCUCUCCUGCCAACAAAGGAAAUUCUGUCAGAAGAUAAAAGAUGUGGGUUUCUUAUUUUUUCUGCUAUCAACACACAUCAUAUCGCAUGUCUGCACUCACAUUUCUGUUCCUGGCAAGAUUUGAUUUCUUCAUGCUCAUUGUUUCUCUUAGACCACAAGCAUAUUCCCAGAAACAUAAUGCUGAAUGCCAAUUGUUUGGAAAAAAUUAGAGAUGUAGGUGGAGGGGGUCACGGUCCAAACCACUAUUCUUAAGAAGGAAAUGCACAAAUGAAGUCAGUGACUGUUCAGCUAGGCAACCAUAGGAAUUUAUAAAUCAUAUGUCAGCAAAAUAAUGAGACCAUUUUAGGCCAUCAGCUCUGCCCAGAAACAAAGGGCAGGCUGGAGGAAGGGGAUUUCUUUCUCCGCCCUAAUAAGGGACAUCUAAACAUCGAGGAAGAUCAAGUACUUGAGGCCAUAAUCUGUCACUAUCAGUCCAUCUUAUGGGGGAGUCAUUAUGUAAGGCUAGAAAAAUAACAUAGCUACACUUCCAUUUUUUAUUUUAUACCACCCCCUUUUUAAAUGAAGACACAGCUGCAUUCAGUAGUUAUAUUAAGCUGUCUCUUAAAGUGUGCAUGAUGUCAAGCUUGUACAUAUUAUUAAAUGGAUUUUAAAAGGAACAUUGCACAUUUAUCUGCAGAGACAAUACAGCUAAUGAUAAACAUAAUAUAUUCUACUUACAUAUUGAGGAACUAAUUCAUUAAAAUAUCUUCAAAUGAAGCUUUUUUUUCUUACAAUGCAAAAAUAUUUCCCUCUGUAUAAGGUGUGAAACUGUAUUUUAAUGUAUUUUUAUGUAUUGUAUAACCUUGAAGGAAUGUAAAUAUUUUUGUGAUACCACUUCACCUUGUCAGGUACUGUAUAUGUUUUGUAUGAUUUUCCACAAGUAUGCCUCGAAUACAGAAACCAAGUUUUACACA